AAGCCACCCAGGAAGUGGAGAUAAGCAAUAUGCUUUAGAGAAAGUCUUGAGGAUCUCUUGAGGAUUAUUGCAAACAUCUUGGGCGAAGGUGUUGCACUUGUGGUGGAGAGCGAGAUGGCUGUUCAAGCUGCCAUCAUGAACUCCCAGUUCUUAAACUUCUGCUUUCCUUGCUCAGUCAUGGAGUACGAGGUGGAUAAGGGUCUGAAAGGGGGCCUUCUGGGUGAGGUGGAUUGCGAAGGGGACUUUCGGGAGACCACCAGAGACCUGCUUAGCUUUAUUGACUCGGCAUCCAGUAACAUCAAACUUGCACUGGACAAACAUGUCAAGUCCAAGAGGAAGGUCAACCACCGCAAGUACCUGCAGAAGCAGAUUAAAAGGUGCACUAGUAUCAUCUCACCAGGGACAGCACCAGUCCAGCAGCCAUGCAAGAGACAAGGUUUGCCCCAAACCCCAACCAGCAACCUGCCUGGCAAAACGCCACCCAAGAAGGAUGGGAUACAGAACAACCUGCAAAGCAAGAGUCUGGCUGCCCUUUUUAACCCAGCAAAGGAUGUACGAGGAGAAAGGGCCAAGAAGCCCCCACUGCGGCACCGAAACCUUCCACCAUCCUUCUUUACAGAGCCGGCCAACAGCUUGAGAGUUACAUCUACAUCUGGCAUGUCGCUCAAAGACCUGGAGCGUGGGACUCCAGAGGCAGCUGAGUUCUUUGAGCUUCUUGGGCCUGACUACAGCAACAUUUUCUCGGAGCAGGAGCUAUUCCAAACGGCACCUGUCAGAAUCCAACAGGAGGUGACCGUAGGCCCUGAACCGGUCUCUUAUGAAUCGCACAAUUUUGUAACUGGUGGUUUUUUGUACACAGAGCCUUGGGGUACUUGUAAUGGCACCUCAAAAAAGACUGUGGACAUGCGGAUGCUGCAGCCAAAUCUUUAUAGUCAUAUAGACCUCACUGGCACUGUGCCACUGGAACAGAGUUCACCUUGUGCACUUCCCUUUCCAAACUUCUUUUCAGAGUGCUCCACACCUCCGGUCUGCUAUGAUCUGACGAAUGAAUACAACAGAGGGAGCUUUCCAUCUCUUUAAGUCAGAUAUAUUUUCUCAGAACAAAAAUGCUUAUGCUGUUUUUGUAAUGUCAUUGCCCUUUUGAUCCUGAAACAUUUGCAUCCAAACUUGCUAAUGGAUCUUUUUAAAAUGUUUCUUUGUUUUAAAGGAAAGGUUUAUGAUGUCUAUGAUGACCUUCUAUCUCCAAAAUGUAAUAAUAAAAUGAUAAAUAAUAUAAUACAAAUAAUAAUAAAUUCACUGUAAUAGUCAUAAAAUAACAAAACUACUCAGAUCUUAGCAGUUCAUUUUAUUGCUCCCUGUAUGUAAAACUACAAGGAAAUAUUCAAAAAUUGACACAGUAAUGUUUUAACGUGUGUAUAUACUUGAAACAACUUUAACAUGGGUUCUGCAUUUACUGGUAAUACUAGCGAUUUAAAACUAUCGAGAAAUUUGUUACAGAUCUCAGGGGGUUCUGCUUGUUUUUUUUAUUUUUUAUUUGUUGGUUAACUUUUAUAGACAUAUUUAGAUAAGAAACAAAAAACACCCUGAAAUAGUGGCAAUCACGACAAUCUGUUUACAUUCUCAUUUUAAACUGUUUGUUCAUCUAUAGCUCAUAGUUUGUUUUUUGAUGUUUACUCAUCUUUAAUGACUUACAGUUAUCUUAAGGCAAAGUUUUUGAAGGAAUUUACUUUGCCUAAAGUUCAGUGAGGAUGGUCUAAAGUUUUUGGUACUCUGGACUACUGUAUACUUUCAUAAAGAAUAAAGUUAUUUUAAAGAAUAUGUAUGUACAAAAAUAUAUAUAUAUAUAUAUUAAAAGGUAAGUAGGUAAAGAUGAACAAAGAGGUGGGAAAAUUGUGCAUAAUAUACUUGUAUUGGCAAUAUUUAUAGUAGUAAUAUACAAAUGUUUCAUGAUAAUUUCCAUCAUAAAAGGCAAUAAAACAUAAAUGCAGCAAUUAAGAAAGGAAUUGUACAAUGUUUUUUAACACUAAAGCCUUAUGGAUGUUUAAGGUAAAAACAUUAUUACAUUAGCUAUCAGACAUUUUCUAAAUGUAAUGGAGAGCAACAAACAAUUAAAACAAAUGACUCUAAUGAAUACUUUAAUAUUUAGUUGUGGUCUUAAAUUGAAUCAGCCAAGAGUGAAACUUGUGUUAAUAAUUUAUAUGCUAAAAUUAGUGUUUACUCGUCACGUGAUACUUGAUGUCUGUUUUCUGGUAAUGAAUCUGGGGCACUCGAAGUUCUGUUCAUUCGCAAAUUAAAAAGACAAAAUAAAGCUGGUCUUUAUGUCUAUUACAGAGAUGAUCUCGUUGUAUGCAUAUUGUUUUUGAUCAAUGUCAGUGAUAUUUUAUUGUGCGUGUGUUGAUCAGUGAACCUUCUAUGUAGAACAAACUGAAUACCAAUCAUAUUUAAAAAAGGGAUAUGGAUGUAUUGUAGGUCUAUUCACUUCAACUGGUGAGGAACUCUGGAACAAUAGAACCCAAUAAGGGAUCAUAGGGUAUAACACUUUUCUCAAGUUAUGGCGCCCUCUGUUGCCCAAAAGAGGUUUUAUCCUCUGGGUUUCACAUUGAAUGUUGAACUGGCAGCGUUAAACAGUUUUAUUCAAUCCGCUUUAAAAUCAUCUAACUAAUAUUCGUUUAAUAUUUAUUUAUGAGUAUUUACUUAUUUUUCAGUGUUUCGGCCUAUCACAAAUGAAGGGCAGCAAAACAAAAUGUAGCAUCGUUUGACAAAAUGCUCAAAGAUUUUUUGGCUUGAUAAACUUUUAAACAGAAAUAAAUGCCGCCACAUCAUCACAUGACGAGCCGAAUAUUAAUCGCUUUAUCACAAUAAUCCACUGUAAUUGGACGCUUUCAUUCUGAAAUAUCACUGAUUCUUGGAAUAAGGGACAAAAGUUUUUUUUUUUUUAAUCCUUGUUUUUCUUUGAAAUGGGCAAUGUAGACAAAGGUCUCAGAUAACGAACCAUGUAAGGGAACAGGUUUUUAUUAAAAAAAAAAAAAAAAUUUUUUUUUUUUUUUUUUUCCAGAAAAUGUACGUUCAUAACUUAACAUUUUAUACUGUAAUUUGUGUCAACUCCGUCAGACACACUAAAAAGCAUGCUAUUUUAAUUUGAUCUAUCCAACAAGAGUGUAAAGUAAUUAUCUAGCAAUGGUGUUCAGUAGGCCUAAAUGAGCUAAGUGAUCAAAUACAUUCUAUACCCAUUUAUUCUGAUUUCACUCUGUUCUGGAAAUUCUGAUGGAGCUGACAAAAUUGAAUAUUUUUCCAUCUUAACUAUGUGGUGUUGUACACUGGAGCCAUUAUUUUUUCCUCAGUUGAAGCUGCCUCUAUAACUUAAACUAAAAUGUCAAAAUGUAUCCCACAAUUCUACCAGAAAUGAUCACAAUGGGAAGACGGAGUUGACUUGUUGAAGCUGUGACCACAGCCAGAGACCUUGUUUAAAACAAUAAAAGUAAUUGGGCCCGCAUGACGUUUGGUCCAAAUGCGCCUAUGCAUGUACAGUUGGAGAGAGAGAGAGAUUUAAACUAUUAAUUUAUUUUAAAUGGGCAGAUGCAUAGCCUAUUUAAACUAUUUUGGGGAUAUGUUUUAUAUUAAGAAUACUUUUAUUGAAAAGAUGUCAUUGUAUAUAGGCUACUGUAUUCUACUAUGCUUGUUAUGAUUUCUAUGUAAUGCACCCAAAUGGUAAAAACAUUUAAUAAAUUAUUUUAGCUUAUUUUGGGUGAGGCAAGUCGCUUAUUUUGAGCUUGUUUUUCCAGAUCAGGUUGCUUGAUUGUCUUGUGAGAUCUGACAACACUGCAACUGUAUACCACCGACCAUUAACAGAGUACUGUCGUAAAAAAACAAACAAAAAAAAACCUUAUUAGCCGUUCUUUUAUUUUGUUCUAACUGGUUAUCAUUUGGAAAGGAAACCGCAGAACAUCGAAAACGGAAUGAAAAAAUACUGUUUCAGUUCAGUUCAGUUUAUUAUUUAUCCUUUGGGAAAUAUCAUUUGCACAAGUGUCACAUUAAAACAUCCAAACACACAAGUCAUUACAACACAAAAAGCAAAAAGAGAUCAAUAUUUAGGUCAAGAGCAAUAUUGAUUUGUCAGGAUAUACAAAAAUAAAAUUCAUAAUUUCUACCCAAUAAAAUGUAUUAAAAUAACUGAGUCACAAACUACAAUGAGUUUAAACUACUGACUGCUACAGGGAUAAACGAGUUUCUAAAUCUUUUAGUUCUUCCUUCUGGCAUUCUAUAUCUAUGCCCUAAUGGCAUAAGAACAAUUUCUUUGUAAAGUGGAUGGUUUGGACAAUUCAGUAUUGUAUGCACUUUCUCUAUGACUCGUUUGUAAUACAUUUCCUUUAGCUGAACUUUUUGCACUCCUAUCACCAUGGAAGCAGUUUUAAUUAGCCUUGUUAGCCUAUUUUUACUACUCAAAGUAAUAUCACUGAAUCACACCACAACACAAUACAAAAUAACAGAUUCAAUAAACUACGACAAAAUAAUGUCAUUAAUACACUGCAUACCUUAAAAGAGUUCAUUUUCCUUAAAGAGAACAGGCGCUGCUGAACCUUCUUACAGAUUGCAUCAGUAUAGAAUCAAAAUUCAGUUUGUUAUCCACAAUUGUCCCCAAAUAUUAUAUUCAGAGACAGUCUCAAUAUCCCCCCCCCCCCCCCGUAUAGUUGUAUGACUGACAGAGGUGGCAGACCAUCCAAAAUCUAUCAUCAUAUCGUUUGUCUUGGCAGUAUGUAUUAUUAAACAACUACUACUGCACCAAGAAGCAAAGUCCUCCACAACCGGUCCAUGAGACUCCUCAUCAUCUUUCAAGAGACUCACAAUGACUGUAUCAUCAGAAAACUUUAGUAUUUAUAUUUUCUACAUUAAUUAUUGUAAAAGUGUGUAUGAAAAUAGGCAAAGUAGGGGAGAGAGGACACACCCCUGCGGGGAACCUGUGGAGGAGUAUACUGUAACUUGGAAGAUAGAAUACCAUCAACUCUAACACACUGAGUCCUAUUCGAUAAAAAAAGUUCACCAUCCAACCUACCAGGUUAUGAUUUAAACUGAACAGUUCAACAAGCUUCUUUGCAAACACAAGUGGUUGUAUAGUGUUAAAAGCAGAUGUAAAAUCAAUAAAAAAAGAAGCCAAGCUCUAGUUUUAGGUGACACUAAAUGUUGAAGUAGAAGAUUUAAAAGAGUAAGUGUGGCAUCCUCAACCCCCCUCCCUGCUCAAUAGGCAAAUUGAAGUGGGUCUAACAUACCCUCUACAUACAUUUGUGCUCAAAAGUUUGCA